UGGAUUGACGCGGACGAUGAUAUAUCGGCCCGGUCGCGGAGCACUCAAGGACGUGUCGCGAGGUUGGGGCUGGCCGGCUUCGUCCAGUCUCAAGGAACUUUGGGUACCGAAAAUGCCCAGACGUUUGGGAAAAUUGAGGUGGUGCAAUCUAAGCGGGAACAACGCAAAGCGGAGGCGACCCGGUUGAUGCCGCCACCCAAACUGGCCGGCGCACUCGCCGAAGCCGCUCCGCUGCCUCCCGUGCAGUCCAUUCCCGCGGCCUCAGGGCCCCCCAAGUGCCCGGUUCCGGACUGGGCCGUGGAACCGCCCGCGGGCUCCCGUCUCCUGGUCUACAAGGACGGUCAGGUCAUACAGGAAGCCCCGCUCGCCAAGAUUGUGACGGUGUUUGGCCGCGUGGAUGCGCUGGCGGAUGUGGUUUUGGACCACCCCUCCAUCAGCCGCCAGCACGCCACCGCCGCCUUCCACGGCGCCCGCGGCACCUGGCUGGUCACCGACAUGGGCUCAACGCACGGCACCUUCGUGGGGGGGAGACAGCUGGCAAAAGCAGAGGACGCUGGGAGAGGGAGCAGCGGCGAUGGCAAGGCGGGCACGGCGGCCGCAGCGCCAGCGGCUGCAGCCAGUCGGCCCCGGCAGCUUGAGACCGUCAUCGGCUUCUCGGACGGUCGCGACUUUGUGGCGCGAGUGGGCCCGCGGGCGGCAGCACCCGCGGAGGGCCGUUUCGCGGGCGCCGUCGCGAGCACCAUCGUGGUCUCGGUCUCGCCCAGGGGGCCGCCGCCGUCGUCAUCGUCACUGGCUUCUCCAUUACCAGCGGCAGGAGCACUACACGCAACUGGCUGCGGUGCGGGAGAAAGCGGGGGUGGCGGUGGGGAGUGUAGCGGUGGCGGCAGUCCGCGGCCGCUGGCCAGCGCGGGGCGGCACGGUACGGCAGGUGGUCACGGCAGUGGCGGCGCUGCGGAGGUACGGCCGCAUCUGCGGGAGCUUGUGGAGCGAAUCCGGAAGGAGACGCCGCGGGGCGGCGGCGGCAGCCUGUACGAGCAGCUGCCGCCACCGUCGAAAUGA